UUGUACAAAUUAAAAACAAAAUAACCCAAUUAAAAAAUAUACAAAGGACUUGAAUGGUCAUUUCUCCAAAGAUGAUAUGCAAACAGCCAACAAGCAUAUGCAAAUAUGCUCAAUACCACAAAUCAUCGGGAAAAUGCAAAUCAAACCACAACGAGAUAUCAUGUCACACCAAUUAGGAUGGCCACUAUUAAAAACAUAAAAUUAAUAAGCAUUGGCAAGGAUGUAGAAAUUAGAACACCUAUGCACUGUUGGUGGGAAUAUAAAAUGAUGCAGCUGGCUUUGCAGACACUGCUGUCCCCCAACACCCCCUGUCACUAGGCCAUGGUCAUCCCGACUGUGCCCUUCAACAUCACCGUCAACAGCAAGCCCUUAGGACACAUCUCCUUUCAGCUAUUUGCAGACAAAUUUCCAAAGACAGGAGAAAACUUUCACACUCUGAACAAUAAAGACAAAGGAUUUGGUUCCUGCUUUCACAGAAUUAUUCCGGAGUUUAUAUGCCAGGGUGAUGACUUCACACCCCAUAAUGGCAUUGGUGGCAAGUCCAUCUACGGGGAUAAAUUUGAUGAUAAGAACUUUGUUGUGAAGCAUACAGGUCUUGGCAUGUUGUCCAUGGCAAAUGCUGCACCCAAAACAAAUGAGUCCCAGUUUUUCAUCUGCACUGCCAUGGCCAAAUGGUGGGAUGGCAAGCAUGUGAUCUUUGGCAGGGUGAAAGAGGGGAUGAAUAUUGUGGAAGCCAUGGAAUGCUUUGGGUCCAGGAAUGGCAGGACAAGCAAGAUCGCCAUUGCCAACUGCAGACAACUCUGAUAAAUUUGACUUGUGUUUUAUCUUAACCACCAGACCUUUCCUUUUGUAGCUCAGGAGAGCACCGUUCCACCCCAUUCGCUCACAAUAUCCUAUAAUAUUUGUGCUCUCACUGCAGUUCUUUGAGUUCUAUAUUUUCAUUAUGUCCCUCCACAUAUAGCUGGAUUGCAGAGUUAAGUUUAUGAUUAUGAAGUAAAAACUAACAAAAAAAAAUGAUGCAGCUUCUAUGAAAAACAGUAUCACAGUUUCUCAAAUAAUUAAACAUUGAAUUACUAUAUGAUUCAGCAGUUCCACUCCUGGAUAUAUAUCCAAAAGAAUUGAAAGCAGAAUUCCAAAGAAAUAUUUGCACAUCCAUGUUCAUAGCUAUACCAUUCACAGUAGCCAAGAGGUGGAAGCCAUCUGUGUGCCCAUCCACAGAUGAAUGGAUUAACAAAAUAUGGGAUAUACACACUAUGAAUACAGCCUUAAAAAGGAAGGAAAUUCCAACACAUGCUACAACAUGGAGGAAUCUUGAGGAAUUAACGGUAAGUGAAAUAAGCCAGUCACAAAAAGGCAAAUACUGAAUGAUUCCACUUAUGUGAGGUAUCUAGAGUAGUCAUAUUCAUAGAGACAGAAAAUAGAAUGAUUGUUGCCAGCAACUGGGAGGAAGGGGGUGUGAAAAGUUGUUUAAUGGAUAUUGAGUUUGUUUUCCCAGACGAAGAAGUUCUGAAGGUUGGUUACAUGAUGUGAAUAUACUAAACACUACUGAACUGUGUACUUAGAAUGGUUAAGAUAAAUUUUAUGCGUUUUCACUACAAUAACAAGUAGAACAGUAGAACAGAUGAUUAGUCACAGCAGAAAAGAUGAAAGAUAGGUCAAAACAGGUUAUUAGAAAAUAUCCAAACUGAAGAUGAAGAAGAAAAUCAUUUUUAGUAGAAAAUAUCCAAACUGAUAUAUAAAGACAUAAAGGAAUUUGUGGAGGCAGAGGGGAGAUAAGGGAAUAAAGGACAUGUGGGACACAUCCAAAAAAAAAAAAAAA